GUUGUGUAUGACAACACGGGGCAGGAAACGUAACUGUGACUUGUGAAAGUCGCGUCAUAAACAGCUGACAUACUUGCGAACUUUGGACAGCCAUGUGGUACAGCAGAGAUAGGGCGUUCUGGGAUACCUCAAGAGCUUCCAGCUGCGCUUCGUGGUGGCGAUGGGGGUCUUCCUGUAUGUAGUCGUACCACUGUUGGUGUGGCUUCAUCCUAGCAUCGUCAACAUUUUCAUCUUUGGAAACUACUUUGUGCUGCCUUUUUCCGACCUCGCCCAUCCCAGCUCCUAUGACCUACAUGACACUCGCAACUUCCAAAUUGUCAGUGAGGAUGGUUUGCAGCUGGGGAUAUGGCACUUGUUACCAGCCUCACUUAGUGGUCAACCUUUUGAACAGGCUUUGGCAUCGGGAAAAGAGAUCAUUCUUUAUUUACAUGGAAAAGGUCAAAAUAGAGGGAGUAAGAUUCGUGUAGGAACAUACAAAGCACUGAGGCGGAUGGGCUACCAUGUCAUCACCUUUGACUACAGAGGCUAUGGUGACUCCACAGGAUUCCCGACUGAGGACGGCCUCAUGGCUGACGCUCUCACUGUGUACAAAUGGGUGAAACUACAAUGCCAGUCUUCCCCUGUUUUUAUAUGGGGGCACUCUCUAGGAACUGGGGUAGCUACCAAGCUAGCCAGGCACCUCAGCUUAGAAGGUACACCUGCACUGGGCGUGGUCCUACAGAACCCCUUUACCAAUGUCCUGAGUGUCAUGGACUACUCCAAAAUGGCAAUGCCAUACAGGUUCCUGCCCUGGUAUAUGCCGUAUUUCAAGAGGUCUCUCAAGUCCACAGGGACAUCAUUUUCCAGUGACAUCUACAUCUGUGAUGUGACAUCACCUAUCCUCAUAAUACAUGCAAAAGACGACCGAGUGAUACCGAUAGAACUGGCAUAUAAGCUGUUUGAGACGGCCCAGAAUACACCAGCCAGGUCUAAUGCCGUCACAGAGAUGGUGGUGAUGGAUGGAUGUGGUCACAACAAUGCUUACUUGGAUCCUGACUUCUCAAGGAUUGUCACAAAAUUCACAUCAUCUCUUCUGCAAAACUAAAAGACUGUUUAAUGGUCUGUCUGUUCCUGUUCUGUUGCUGCUUUGUGACCAGGAGUUUAGGAAGAUAUGUCAGUGCCUUGCUUUCAUCCUAUGUAACAACCUGAAUUGGCUGAUGUUUCGUUUUGUUUGGUGGCUGAACUGCAACGGAAUAGCACGUCUGCACCAUGAACAUGUUACACAUUUGUCACGGUUUCUGUCUUGUUGCUCAACUGAUGCUUAUACUGCUGGAUUGUAAGAUGUCUUCCUGUGCUGGGUGUGAUUGUACAAAGGGUGUGACCAUACUGACAAGGUGAUGGUAACUACGAUGCCUUUACAUAGACUAAGUUACUCACUAAGUUUA